AUGUUAUUGUCACCCAACAUUACUGCUACAUCGGCCACAAGUGGUUCUUUAAAUAAUACCGGCUCCCGUGACCCAGCGAGUAAGAGCAACGAGACAGAAGAAUCAGGCGAGGAUUCUGAUAUCUCAAAUAUUGCUACCAGAGUCAGUUUAGAUCAUCCUCAUCAUUUUAUCCACCGUCUUGAGACAAUUGCAAAACAUUUGUCACAUGUCACCACGAGGGAUACGUUGACUAUCAGUCCAGAUGAUUUCAAUCUUGCAAGCAUCCUUAGAAAUUUUUUAAAAAAUGCUGAUAUUCAAAAUGUUCAUCUUCGUUCUACUGGGGUGAUGUUGGAAAAUGUCUGUACUUUGGGUAUCGAUAGGUCCGCAACAUUUGCAAAAACGGUUGGAUCUCGAUUCAAUAUUCCCGGAAAAGUUAUGGAAAAGAUCAAAAAUAGAGGAAAUCGAAAACCAACCAAGAGAAUUCUAAAUAAUAUCAACGGCAUUGUUAAAGCAGGCGAAAUGUGUCUAUUGUUAGGUAGGCCAGGUGCUGGUUGCUCAACUUUGCUUAAAAACAUUGCCGGAGAAGGAAUGGAUCAAUACUUUUCCACCAUUGGGGAAAUUAGCUUUGAUGGGAUUUCUCUAAAUGAGAUGUUGAAAACUCAUAAAAAUGAUUUUAUUUACAACCCUGAGUUAGAUGUCCAUUUCCCUCAUUUGACAGUUCAUCAAACUUUAAAGUUUGCGGUUGGUUGCAAAGUUCCACAAGUAAGAGUUGCUGUAGUUCCUGGUGAGAUAUCUACAGACCAAUAUGUUAAUUUUAAAGUGGAUAUGAUUGCAACUUUAUUUGGCUUGCGGCAUGCUUAUGAUACUAAAGUUGGUAACGAUUUUGUCCAUGGGAUUAGUGGUGGCGAAAGAAAAAGAGUAUCCAUUGCUGAAGCUUUAGCAGCUGAUGGCAAAGUUUAUUGUUGGGAUAACGCCACUAGGGGACUAGACUCUUCUACUGCUUUGGAAUAUGCCACAGCUAUUAGAGUCUUGACUAAUGUCAUGCAUUCUACAAAUUUUGUGACUAUUUAUCAAGCUUCGGAAAACAUUUAUGAGAAGUUUGAUAAAGUAAUGGUGUUGUACGAGGGUCGUCAAAUUUAUUUUGGUUCGACUAAGCACGCUAAGCCUUUUUUUGAAAAAAUGGGGUUUGAAUGUCCAAAACGUCAAACAACUGCAGAAUUUUUGACAGCAAUUACUGAUCGAAAUGGAAGAUAUCCUAGGCCAGGCUUUGAAAACAGAGUCCCGAGAAGUGCUGCUGAAUUUGAAGCAUAUUGGUUAAAAUCUCCUGAGUUUAGCAGCUUGAAAGAUGAAAUCAAACUUUAUAAAGAGUCAAUUGAUGCCAAACACACCAGAAACCUAUUCUAUGAAUCUUCGAAACAGGAAAAAAGUAAAGUCAAUUCUUCUUACACCGUCAGCUAUUUUCAACAAUUGAAACUAAACCUCAUUCGAUCUUAUCAAAUAGUUAUAGGUGAUUUCACCUAUUUGGCUACACAAAUUACCUCUGAUAUCAUACAAGCUUUGAUAAUUGGCUCUUUAUUCUAUCAAAUUACAGAUUCUACAACCGGAGCAUUCUCCAGAGGUGGAGUUCUUUUCUUUGCUGUGUUAUAUUAUUCUCUUGCUGGAAUGGCUUUGACCUCCAAUUCCUUCGCUAAACGUCCAAUAUUAUUAAAGCAGCGGGGUUACUCAUUCUGUCAUCCAUCUACCGAAUUUUUUUCUUCAUUUAUUGUUGAUCAAGCGUUUAAAUUGAUUGGCAUCACUGGAUUUUGUAUCAUUGUCUUCUUUCUCUCUGGAUUGAAACGAGCUCCUGGUAAUUUCUUUGUGUUUUACUUAUUUACAAUCCUCACAUCGGCAACAAUGAACUCGCUUUUCCAAUUUGUGGCUCUAAUGAGUCCAAACAUAUCUGUGGCAAAUCCAUUUGCUGGGCUAAUUAUUUUGAGCGCGGUUCAAUAUUCAAGUUAUAUGAUUCAGUUGCCGUCAAUGCAACCUUGGUUUAAAUGGAUCAGCUAUAUUAAUCCCGUGAGGUAUGGUUUCGAAUCUAUGUUGGUUGAUGAGUUCCACAAUGUUAAUAUGCCUUGCACGGUUUCACUUGUACCACAAGGUCCAUAUUACAAUGAUUUACCAAUAACAUAUAAGACUUGUGCUUUCAGCGGAUCACAGCCUGGUGAAAACUAUGUCUCUGGUAAUAAUUAUCUUAGAGUGGCGUAUCAAUAUUAUUUCAGCCACUUGUGGAAAAAUUUCGGGAUUUUAGUGGGAUUUCUUAUAUUUUUCUUAUCUAUUGCUGGGAUUGCAUCGGAGUUCAUUAGAACUGAUAAGGUUGGUUAUGAUGUUUUGAUUUUUAAAAAGACCAAAGAAACCAGGCAGAUAAUCCAAGAGCUCAGAAUUGCUGCUCAUAGAAAUGAAGUUGAUUAUGAAAAGCAGAGCGAAGGCUCCAGUCCAAUGGUUGACAAUCUUGAAGAGAACCCGAAUGUGAACAAUAUUAUUAAAAGUACUAAAGUUUUUGAAGGUCUUGGAAGUGAAGAUGUUUUCAUGUGGCGAAAUGUCAAUUAUGAGGUGAAAUUGAGAGAUGGCACUUUCAGAAAGUUGUUGCAUGACAUCCAAGGAUAUAUAAAACCAGGAACCCUUACUGCCUUGAUGGGAGAAUCAGGGGCUGGAAAGACAACUUUAUUAAAUAUUUUAUCUCAAAGAGUUGAUGUUGGAAUAGUUACUGGUGACAUUUCUGUCAAUGGUGGUGUGUUAGCAUCUUCUUUUCAAAGAAGAACCGGCUAUGUUCAGCAGCAAGAUGUUCAUUUUUCGGAAUUGACAGUUCGUGAAUCUCUUCGAUUCUCUGCGAGACUUAGAAGGCUGAGAGAAGUAAGUGAUCAAGCAAAGUGCGAGUAUGUUGAGGAAAUCAUCAAGAUCUUGGGAAUGGUCGCUUAUUCUGAUGCUAUUGUCGGAAAGACUGGAUACGGUUUGAAUGUGGAACAACGCAAGAAGUUAUCAAUUGGAGUUGAAUUGGUUGCCAAGCCAUCGUUGUUAUUAUUUUUGGACGAGCCAACUUCAGGCUUGGACUCACAGUCAUCAUUUGCGAUUGUAAAAUUGUUGAAGGACUUAGCUCAUGCUGGGCAAGCAAUCUUGUGCACCAUUCAUCAACCUUCGGCGGUUUUAUUUGAACAGUUUGAUAGAUUAUUGUUAUUGAAAAAAGGUGGCUAUACAGUUUAUUUUGGUGAUAUUGGAGAGCAUCUGAGAAUCAUGUUGGAUUAUUUCGAGGCCCAUGGCGGCAGAAAAUGUGAAGAAUUUGAAAACCCUGCUGAAUAUAUUCUUGAAACCAUUGGGGCCGGAGCUACUGCCACUGUCACUCAAGAUUGGGGUAAUAAUUGGUUAGAUUCUCAAGAAUAUCAAGUACUACUUAAAUCUAUGACCAAUUUGUUUAGUACAACGUCGACUGCCAGGACAGGUGAUGCUAUUAUCACAUCACAAGAUAAGAAGUUAAAAAAAUUUGAAACCCCUUACUAUUAUCAGUUGGCAUUAGUUAUACAUCGUGUUGCAAGACAAUUUUGGAGAGAUCCAGUUUACAUAACGGGUAAAUUUUUUCUACUGGUGAUGGCCGGUUUAUAUAUUGGCUUUACGUUUUGGGAUGCCGACAAUGGUAUUAUUGGAAUGAGGAAUGAAUUAUUUUCUGUAUUUAUGUCAAUCAUCAUUAGUGUUCCGUUGAUACAACAAACACAAAGUCGUGCUUUACAAUCUCGUGAGGUAUUUGAAAUUCGUGAAUCAAAAUCAAAUACUUAUCAUUGGUUAGCAUUAUUGCUUGCUCAAUAUAUCAAUGAAUUGCCCUAUCAUUUGGUAUUGUCGACGCUUUUCUUUGUGGCUAUGUACUUUCCAGUCCAUCGGAACUAUAAUUCCUAUACAGUGGGAGUUUAUUAUAUGUUCUAUUGUAUUAUUUUCCAGCUUUAUUAUUUAUCAUUCGGCCUUUGGAUUCUUUAUAUGUCUCCUGAUUUGCCAUCUGCUACGGUGUUGAUUUCUUUAUGUUUGGCAUUUAUGAUCGCCUUCAGUGGAGUGAUUCAACCAGAAUCGCAAAUGCCUGGUUUUUGGACAUUUAUGUGGAAGAUUUCACCAUUUACAUAUUUUAUUCAGAUUUUCAUGUCACUUUCUCUUCAUGGCAUUGAUGUUCGUUGUCGGGAAAGUGAGUAUGCCAUUAUCAAUCCACCUUCCAGCAAAACUUGUGGUCAAUACCUCGACCCAUUCAUCAACACCAGAGGUGGAUAUGUCAAGAAUCCUAAUGCCACAGGUAGUUGUCAAUAUUGCGCAUAUUCUUCCGGUGAUCAAUAUUUAAAAACUAUUUCCAUUAGUUAUAGUACAUUAUGGAGAAACUUUGGUUUUUUUUGGGUUUAUAUCUGUUUCAAUUUGAUCGCGAUGGUUCUGAUGUAUUAUUUGCUAAGGGUUAAAAGAAUCAAAUUGAUUCCAAUUAGUCACAUCAAGCGCUUACUGGGGAAAAUAAAGCCGAAAAAAAAAUAA